AAAAUAAUUUGAAAUCUGAAGACAAAAUACGAUGUGACAAUACAAUGCUACGGGUAUCUUUUCUGAAGACAAAAUAUGAUGUGACAAUACAAUGCUACGGGUAUCUUUUCUUAAGACAAAAUAAUUUGAAAUCUGAAGACAAAAUAUGAUGUGACAAUACAAUGCUACGGGUAUCUUUUCUUAAGACAAAAUAAUUUGAAAUCUGAAGACAAAAUAUGAUGUGACAAUACAAUGCUACGGGUAUCUUUUCUUAAGACAAAAUAAUUUGAAAUCUGAAGACAAAAUACGAUGUGACAAUACAAUGCUACGGAUAUCUUUUCUGAAGACAAAAUAUGAUGUGACAAUACAAUGCUACGGGUAUCUUUUCUGAAGACAAAAUAUGAUGUGACAAUACAAUGCUACGGGUAUCUUUUCUUAAGACAAAAUAAUUUGAAAUCUGAAGACAAAAUACGAUGUGACAAUACAAUGCUACGGGUAUCUUUUCUGAAGACAAAAUAUGAUGUGACAAUACAAUGCUACGGGUAUCUUUUCUUAAGACAAAAUAAUUUGAAAUCUGAAGACAAAAUAUGAUGUGACAAUACAAUGCUACGGGUAUCUUUUCUUAAGACAAAAUAAUUUGAAAUCUGAAGACAAAAUACGAUGUGACAAUACAAUGUUAUGAGUAUCUUUUCUUAAGACAAAAUAAUUUGAAAUCUGAAGAUAGUGAAUAUCUACACUAUAAAACAUUGGCUUAAUGUAGACCAACUACACAUACGACUAAAGAUGAAUUCUCAUUAUGGUAGUUCAUCUUAUUUGGCAUCGUCUUCUUCUUCUUCAGAUGAUGAUGAUUAUUAUGAUGAUCUAGAAAAACAAGUGGUAUGUCAAAUUACUGCUAACAACAAUUUUUGCAUCGCUCAACAUCAAAAUAACGAAGGGUCACACAGGGGCUCAAUUCCUGGUCAUAUAGUAGUCAACCGUGACCGAGAAAAUGCUGAUCGCAAUCUCUUCAACGACUAUUUUGCAGAGAACCCUCGAUUUUCUGCCUCGAUGUUUCGCCGAAGAUUCCGAAUGGGUCGUGCUUUAUUCCUUCAUAUUUAUGAUGUUGUACAAAGGCAUGACAAUUACUUCGUCCAACGAAGAGAUGGACUCGGUAAGCUUGGGUUAUCGGGUCUACAAAAAGUAACAGCCGUAUUUCGAAUGUUGGCAUAUGGUGUACCGGCAGAUGCUACCGACGAGUACAUCAAAAUAGGAGAAUCUACUGCUUUGGAAAGUUUGAAACGAUUUUGUCGUGCUGUUGUCGAGGUCUUUGGAGCCCGCUAUCUCCGAUCACCUAACGCUGAUGAUGUUGCAAGGCUACUACACAUUGGUGAAAGUCGAGGUUUUCCAGGAAUGUUGGGUAGUUUAGAUUGUAUGCAUUGGAAAUGGAAAAAUUGUCCUACGGCUUGGGGAGGACAAUACGCUGGUCGUAGUGGAUCUCCGACUAUUAUUCUUGAAGCUGUAGCUGACUAUGAUCUUUGGAUAUGGCAUGCAUAUUUUGGUCUACCUGGAUCUAACAAUGAUAUUAACGUGUUGGAGGCGUCCCAUCUUUUUGCUGAUCUUGCUGCGGGUGUUUCUCCACCCGCUAAUUAUGUCAUUAAAGGGAAAGAGUAUAAUAUGGGUUAUUAUUUAGCUGACGGUAUAUAUCCAAAAUGGUCUACUAUCGUUCAAACCAUUCGUGAGCCACGUGACCCGAAGAAACAAUUUUUUGCUCGAAAACAAGAAGCAUGUAGAAAAGAUGUAGAACGUGCGUUUGGAGUAUUACAAUCAAGAUUUGCCAUUGUGGCAGGACCAUCGCGUCUAUGGAAUAAGAGGAUAUUACAUGAUAUAAUGACUUCAUGUAUUAUUAUGCAUAAUAUGAUAAUAGAAGAUGAACGUGACUUUAAUGCACCCAUUGAAGAACGGUUCGAAGUGCCAGAUCCAGAAGUUGAGAUGGUGGGUAAUGACGAUGCUCGAUUUCAAGAAUUUCUAGCUCGACAUAGAAAAAUCAAAGAUAAGGAUGCUCACAUUGCACUUCGAAAUGCAUUAAUUGAACACUUGUGGGACGAAUAUAGUAUCGGAAAAUUAGUUUAA